AGUUGGUCGCGGGAAGAGAAUAUUUAGAAAUUAUAAUGUAAUAGAAAGAGCAGAAAAUGUUUUGGAAUCUAAUAAACAUGCACCUCCGCGUCAUCCUGGAACUGAAGCGAAAUUUCAAGUACUUAUUAAAGCCAGAUGUCUUAACUUCAGAAGUCGGAUUAUGAAAGAGAAGCAUGGAAGAAGAUGGAUAUGUAAAUAAUAAUGGCUUUCAGUCUGAAUUUUCUACAGUUAUGGAUUUAUGUGUUAUGGAUAAAAUAUCUGAAAAAACUGCAGAACCUGUUAUACAUGAAAAUUUGAUUAGUAUUGACUCUGAGAACUCUGCUGUGAAUUGCUUUUCAAAAGAGUGUAUGGUGACUGAGUCACCAGAUAUUGCGGAUGAGGAUAGAAUUACUCAAAAUAAACCUCUUGCAUAUGUUCUUCCAGCUAAAUAUCAAAAUGUGGAUGUGAGAGAAUUUUAUCCUGAAUUUCGGGAGAAUGCAACUUUACGAUUUUUAAGGUUGGGUCUUGGGAAAAAGUGUAAUAAUCCUGAUAUCUGGCGCAGUGUUAGAAAAAGGUCUGAACUUAAGAAGAAAAACAAGAAGCCUGUUACAGAAGAAAUAAUUUCUCCUGAAUCUGAUUGGAGUGUAGAAUCUGAUGAAGAAAAACUGUUUUUGCAACAGAAAGAAUAUGUUUCUGACAUUUCAUGUGAUGUGCCAUUAAACAAUAGCUGGAGAUUUGGUCCUGCAAAAUUAUGGUAUGAUAUGGUAGAGGUGCCUGAAACAGCUGAAACUUAUGAUUAUGGUUUUAAAUUGAAGCAGUCCUCAGAUGAGCAUCUGCCUUGUGAUGAUGAUUUGCAUGAUGAUGCAUUUUUGAUGGUUGCUCAGCAAGACUGGGAAAAUGAUGUUAUCUGGGAUGGAGAUGAGGUAAAAGAAGAAGUUAUGAAAAAUGUAUAUAACCCAAACAAAAUUGCAGGUUGGGUUCCAAUUAAUGCAGAUCGAACAGUGUCGUCAUACCGUGAACAUCUUAAACCUCUCUCUAGUCAGCCUGAAAGGGCAUUCAAAUUUGGAUUUUUAAAUUUUAAUAAAAUGAAUAAAGUUAAUACGGAAGAGAAAAGAGAAAUGUAUUCAAUAUUUCCAGAAGAAAAUCCACAUCUUCUCUAUGAUCGUUGGGAAGAUGAUGUCAUUUGGGAUUAUGAAGCUAUGAAUAGAAUAUCUGGUCCCAAAAAUUUAGAAAUAAAUGAUAGCAAUAUAAUAUUAGAAAUACCAGAAGAUUUGCCUUCAAAAGUGGAUAAUUUUGAACCUGUAAAAGAUCAUAAAGAUCGAAAAUACCGUCCCAUUAUGAAACAGAAUGAAGAAGAACCUGAACUUUUGAACCCUGUAAAUAAGAAAAGUGAUUUUUAUAAUAUUUCUAAUGAUGAGUAUUAUAAUUCAAAGAUGACGGAGGAUACUGCAUUAAAAUUAGGUUAUGCUGGUAGUUUAUUACCACAUUCUAUUCCAGCUCUUGAACUGCAUGCUUCAUUUUUUCCUACUUAUAUGGGACCAUUGAAACUCCGUCGGUUUCAUCGUCCAGCUCUAAGACAAUAUUCUCAUGGACCAUUAUCACAAAUAAAGUUCCAUGGUGUUUAUUCCCUUACCUCUUUUAUAAAAGAGAAAAAAAAGCAAAGACAACGUGAACUCGAGGAAUCGGGUGGAGGUGAAAUGUUUUUCAUGAGAACACCAUAUGAUCUGAGUGGCAAGGAUGCAGAAUUAGUUCUUUUUGAAUUUUCUGAAGAACAUCCACCGUUAAUGAACCAAAUUGGUAUGGCAUCAAGGGUGCGGAAUUACUAUCGGAGGAAACCUGGGAAAGAUUCGGCGUUAGUAGAGUACAAGUAUGGGGAAACUACUUGUGCUCAUACUUCUCCAUUUCUUGGUUCCCUUCUUCCUGGGCAGAGUUUGCAAGCAUAUGAAAAUAAUUUGUUUCGAUCACCUAUUUAUGAGCAUGCUACUGAAAACACUGACUUUCUAAUUAUACGUACAAGAACUGGAUAUUUCAUCAGAGAAGUAGAAACUGUAUUCACUGUGGGACAACAGCUUCCUCUUGUUGAAGUGCCUGCACCUAAAUCUGAGAAAGCUAAUAAUUUUAUCAAAGAUUUCUUGAUGGUUUUUAUUUAUCGUUUGUUUUGGAAAAGUGAAGAUAAUCCACGAAGAAUAAAAAUGGAAGACAUUCGCAAAGCAUUCCCUUCUCACAGGGAAUUUAAUAUUCGCAAACGCCUCAACUUAUGUGCAGAUUUUCAAAGAACAGGCUUUGAUUCCAAAUUUUGGGUUUUAAAAAGCAGUUUUCGUCUCCCAGGCGAAGACGAAAUUCGAGAAAUUAUAUCGGCAGAACAGUGUUGUGCUUAUUACAGUAUGCUUGCUGCAGAACAAAGGCUGAAGGAUGCAGGAUAUGGUGAUAAAUUUUUGCUCAUGGAUGAAGAAGAAACAGAUAAUUUACAAAAUAAAAUUGAUGAUGAAGUGAAAGCAGCUCCGUGGAAUACUACACAAGCUUUUAUAUCUGCUGUUAGAGGAAAGUGUCUUUUGGAUCUUUUAGGAGCAGCUGACCCAACUGGUUGUGGGGAAGGAUUUUCUUAUGUGAAAAUUCCUAACAAACCUCAGUGGAUUAAAGAGGAAAACAAUAUUCUGAAUCCUGCCAAGAGGUUGGUUAAAGGAACUGAUGCUGAUUUGCGUCGGCUUUCUUUAAGCAGUGCCAAAAAACUUUUGAAAACUUUUAAUGUACCUGAACAUGAAAUUAAGAAACUGACACGAUGGCAGAUCAUUGAUGUUGUCAGAACUCUUUCAACUGAACAGGCUAAAUUAGGAGAGGAAGGAGUAACAAAGUUUGCAAGAGGUAAUUUUUUUAGUCAGGCUGAACAUUUAAGGAAAUAUAAAGAAGAAUGUCAACGUUUAUUUGAUUUACAAAAUAGAGUUUUAUCAUCAAAUGAAGUUUUAUCUACUGAUGAAGAUUCAAGUUCAGAAGGCGAUUCAGAUUUGGAAGAAAUGGGAAAACAUCUUGAGAGCAUCAUUUCAAAUAAGAAAUCUCUUCAAGAACUAUCACAUGAGUGUGAGGAAGCUGAAAGGAAAGAAUUACAGAAGUUAAUGACAUCAGAGUCGACUUCUGAAGAAAAUCAAAAGUGCAAAUCUGAAAAAAGUAACUCUGGUUUUGAAGGUAAAAUUUUAAGGAUAUAUCGUACUUAUCAAGAAAAUGGAUAUACCUAUGAGCGAGUAGAAACUGUCCGAAAGUCAGAAGUAAUUAAACUGUACACUAAAAUAAGAGACACAAAAGAUGAGGAAUUUAUAAAAAAUUUUGCUCUUGAUGAGGCACGAAAAGAGGAAUGUCGAAGAGAAAGAAGGCGUCUACAAGAUCAGUUAAGAAGGUUGAGGAGAAAAGAGUUAAAAGAAAGAGAAACUAAAGAACCACAGAAGAAAAAAGUGAAAAUCGAGUCGCCAUCUUUGUUCAAAGUAAAAUGUGGUGCUUGUGGAGCAACUGGUCAUAUGCGAACAAAUAAAGCUUGUCCAUUAUAUCAGUCUUCACCCACACUGCCACCUAUCCAGGUUGCAAUGACUGAAGAACAAGAAGAAGCCGAGGAGAAAGCUGGAUUAGUUGAUCAAAAUCUUAUAAAACUGGAUGAAACUAAAAUCAUUGUAUCCAAGCAACUUCUGAAACGGGCAGAUGAAGUUCGUCGAAAAGCUUUGGUUUUGAAGAUUCCCAAGGAAGCUGUCAGUUCCUCAAAAAAGAAAAGAAAUUAUGAAGUAACAUCAUCUGACUAUAUGAGUGCUCCAAAAUUUGUAAAUCGUAAAAGAAUAGAUCCUGUUGUUUCUUUAAGUGUCAUAUUUGAAAACCUUAUUAAUGAGAUAAAAAGUUUGCCUGAUACACAGCCUUUCUGGUUUCCUGUUAGUGUCAAACAAGCAUCUAAUUAUCACUCGAUUAUUACAAAGCCAAUGGAUUUGCAAACCAUGCGAGAGAAGGCUCGUAAACAACAGUAUAAAUGUCGUAAAGAUUUCUUAGCUGAUAUUAAUCAGAUAUUAGAAAAUAGCAGUACAUAUAAUGGCAAUCACAGUUUUCUUACUAUAACUGCACACACAAUGUUAAAUCAUUGCAUAAAAAACUUUACUGAAAAUGAAGAAAAGCUAAUGCAACUAGAGAAAGCUAUCAAUCCUCUCUUAGAUGAUGACCAGGUAGCAUUCUCAUUUAUAUUAGAAAGGAUAGUAUCUGAUCAGUUAAAAGCAGUACCUGAGUCAUGGCCAUUCCAUAAACCUGUUGAUAAACGUUCAGCCAAAGGUUAUUAUGAGAUAAUCAAAAAUCCUAUGGAUUUAGAUUCUAUCAUAAGAAAUUGUAAGUCUCACAAGUACAAAACUAGGUCUGCUUUUCUAUGUGAUGUAGAACUCAUUUUUAUGAAUAGCAAGACAUUCAAUGGCGCUGAAAGUCCAUUUACGAAGAUUGCACAGAAUAUUGUAAAUGCUUGUAAAGUAUCUUUAGAAAUGUAUGAACCACAGUUGCAAAGUCUUGAGUUAGGAAUAAAGAAUUCUGAAAACUCUGGUUUGAAUAAUAUUACGAUAUCAAAAAAAGAUAAAACUUCUGAAAAUCAAAUUGAAAUAUGUUCUUCUGAUAACUUUAAUGGUUCAGCAGAUAUAGAUUCUUGUGUAGAUGUAGAAUCUGUAGGAAGUUCUCAUAAAAGUUAUGAGAAAGAAAAUAUGUCCUCAGAUAGAAGUGAUUUUGAUGUAGAGAUUGUUGAUAAAAGUAGACUUCAAAUAUCUCCUUACGAACAAUUUCCUUUAUAUGAUUGUCAUGAAGAAAGAAGUAAUUCAUCUAGUCCUCCAGUUUUCUCUGAGUCACAGAGCUUAUUAUGUAAUGGUAUUCAAGAUUCAGAGAGCAUUGGAAGUAAUAUUAAUAUUUUGCAGCAUUUCCCCCCAAGUACCUGUGAUAACAUCUGUGAUGAUUUAAUACUAAGUGAAUCCGAGUCCGAUAAUGAAAAUGAGUUGCACUUCUAAUUUAACUUUUUAAUUUCUCAUGUUGUCACAAUAUUUUCUGCCUUUUAAAAAUUGAAUUUUAAGGUCAUGUAAAAUUGAAAAAAUUUUGCAUAAUAGGUAAAAAAAGCUUUUUGUUUGAAAAUAUUUCACUGAGUUUUAUAUUGAUACGUGAUUCCAUUUUGACUAUGAUUAUAAAUUUGAUGAGUAGCAAAUUGUAAUAUUUUUAUGCAUGAAAUAUAUUUUAGUUAUUCAGAAGGUGUAAAGUUAUAAUAGAAUUUAAUUAUCUCAGGUGUUUCAGUGUAGUGCCUAUCACAUGUUAAAUUUUUUCCCCAUUUUAUGUGUUUAAACAAAUUUUGUUAUGAAAUGUUCCUAAAUAUUCAGGUGGUGCUGAAUUUUCUUUGUUAUUUAUAAUAAAUUGUGUAAAAUGUAAAUAUUUAUGUAAAAAUACUGUAAAUAUGCAGCUGAUUUAUAAUUAUGUUCAAAAGCAAGUGUUGUAAGUAUAUGCUUCAGUUUAAAAUGUGAUAUAUUGACAUUUAUUGCAGAAAUGCUAAUUGUAUAUACACCUUUUUUUUCUUUUUCAUUUUGUACAUUGCAUUUAGUUUUCUUUCUUCUAAAUUUUGUUAGGACAUAUUCAUAUAUAUUCAUUUGUCAUAAUCUUAGUUAUGCAUAAAAAAAA